AUGAUAGUCACGAAUAGAAGUGGAAACACUAUGUUCACUGUUGAUGAUCAGAUCUCCUCUUUCAGUGAUCAGAAUUCACCUUUCUACUUCCAUCCUUCUGACAGCCCUGGCAUAGUGCUUGUUUCUUGUCUUCUUAAUGAAGACAACUAUAUGAUUUGGCGAAGAGCAAUGAUUAAUGCUCUCAGCACCAAGAACAAGAUUGGCUUCGUGAAUGGAAUGAUUCAAAAGUCAGAUCCGGCGAAUCAGGCAGAGUUCCUCGCCUGGUCGAAAUGUAAUUCCAUGGUGGUGUCAUGGAUUUUCAAUGUUUUAGCCAAAGAUCUCCAUGAAAACGUAGUCCAUGUUGAACAUGCUCAAGAUUAUGGAAAGAUUUGGAAGAAAGGUUCUUACAAGGAAAUGCACCAAGGAUCUUUCAUCUCAAGAGACAACUCAUGUUGCUCAGGCAAGAAAAUCUCCUUGUCUUUGUUUACUUCUCAAAACUCAAGGCGUUUUGGGAUGAAUUGUCAAGCAACAUUGCUAGACCAUUAUGUACCUACGGGUUGUGUACUUGUGGAAUCUAGAAAAAUUUUGUUACAGAACAGGAAAGAGAAGGUGUAUCAAUUUUUGCUGAGUCUGAUUGAAAAUUUUAACAACAUCAGAUCGAGCAUUUUGAGAAUGGACCCUCUACCGAGCAUUGUUAGAGUCAAUGCACUUAUAUCACAAGAAGAAAGACAUCAGUCUUUAAUUGCCCAACACGGUCCAACUACGGAGGCUAUUGCUUUUCAUGUGGCAGGUUCAAAAUUCAACCCAAAAAGAGGAAAAAGAUCUGUUGUGAUCACUGCAAGAAACAAGGUCACAACAAGGACCGCUAUUUUGAAUUGUUCGGGUAUCCACCGAAUAAGGGAACUCGAUCAAAGUCUACAUCCAAGAAUAACACUAGCAAUCAAGAAAAGGUUGUUGCUAGCAUGA